AUGUUGGAUGGCAAUACGAGAUUAAGUGCGGAUUGGAAAAGAGGAAUCUCGACAGUUGAGGAGAUAUCUGAGAUGCAAGACGUUAGUUUUCUUCUAAAUAAUGUUUUGUUGACAGGUUCCAAAGAUAUUUGGUAUUGGGGUGAGGAAGUCAAGGAUGUUUUCUCGGUUGCUGCGGUGAAGCGUUUGCUUCGAGAAGAAGUAGAGAUCAGCCGUCAGCAGCUUAUGCAGUGGGAAUCUUGGGUUCCGAUCAAAAUAAAUGUUUUUAUGUGGAGAGCUGAGUUGGACCGUAUUCCUACCAAAGCGGUUCUUAUUAGAAGGCGGAUAGACAUACAGGACGGUACGUGUUGUUUAUGCAACUUUGGGGAUGAGGAUGUCAUGCACCUUUUUACAGGAUGCGGUUUUUCGUUUGGAGUUUGGUCAGCGGUGGGGCGAUGGUGUAAUAUUAUGCCUUUAAUGGCUUUCGAAUUUAAGGAUGUGCAGGGCUUUCAUGAGCAAGUGUCAGGUGGUAAGUGGGCCAAAAAAGUGGUUAGAGGCGUGGUUAUGAUUACCUGCUGGGCGAUUUGGAAAGCGCGAAAUGACAAACUUUUCCGGGGGUCUAAACCGAGGGUCGUAGAUGUGGUCGCAUGGAUUAAGUCAUGGUCUUUUUUGUGGAUAAAAGGUAGGUCUAAAUUUUCUGAUAUUGUAUGGAAAAAAUGGGUUCUUGACCCAAUGUAUAUGCUGUAA